CGGAAAUAUUGCCCAGGGCUAAGAGAAGGAUGAAGGCGUGCCCAAACAAGCCAGGACUCCAUCCGAAACUUCCUCCUGUGUCCCAAGGUGGUAGUCCCUAUUCCAUGCUCCAGACUCUCCACCCACCUCCAUCCUGGAAUUGCAGCCACCAAGAAGAGCUCCGCCCUGCAUCCCUGGGCCCGUGCGGCCGACUCCGCCUUUGCUAGGUUCCCUCAUGUGGGCCGGGCUGGGUCCCGACAAGUAUAAAGUAGCCUCAGGUCUGCGGGCAGCACUCACAACCCUUCUAAAACCUUAUCCCGCACUCACAACCCUUCUAAAACCUUAUCCCGACCUGGGUCGCUCCAGCAACCACCACCCCAGCGAAUCAGCGGACCGCCCGGAGUCAUGGCUGCCAGAAAAGCACUGAUUGUACUGGCUCAUGCCGAGCGGACGUCCUUCAACUAUGCCAUGAAGGAAGCUGCUGUAGAGGCUUUGAAGAGGAAAGGAUGGGAGGUCACGGUGUCGGACCUGUAUGCCAUGAACUUCAAUCCCGUCCUCUCCAGAAAGGACAUCACAGGUGAACUGAAGAACCCUGAGAACUUUCAGUAUCCUGCCGAGUCUGCUCUAGCUUAUAAAGAGGGCCGUCUGAGCCCAGAUAUUGUGGCUGAACAAAAGAAGCUGGAAGCUGCAGACCUUGUGAUUUUUCAGUUCCCACUGCAGUGGUUCGGAGUCCCAGCCAUCCUGAAGGGCUGGUUUGAGCGGGUGUUUAUCGGCGAGUUUGCUUACACGUAUGCUGCCAUGUAUGACAAGGGACCUUUCCGGAAUAAGAAGGCAGUGCUCUCCAUCACCACCGGCGGCAGCAACUCCAUGUACUCUCUGCAGGGUGUCCAUGGGGACAUGAAUAUCAUUCUCUGGCCAAUUCAGAGUGGCACUCUGCAUUUCUGUGGCUUCCAGGUCUUAGAACCUCAACUGACAUACAGCGUUGGACACAUUCCCGCAGAUGCCCGAAUUCAGGUCCUGGAAGGCUGGAAGAAACGCCUGGAAAACAUUUGGGAUGAGACUCCACUGUAUUUUGCUCCAAGUAGUUUCUUUGACCUAAACUUCCAGGCAGGAUUCUUAAUGAAAAAGGAGGUCCAGGAAGAACAGAAAAACAAGAAAUGUGGCCUCUCUGUGGGCCAUCAUUUGGGCAAGUCUAUUCCAACUGACAACCAGAUCAAAGCCAGGGAAUAAGAUUCAUAAGACUUGAUUUCCUUCUAACAUGUAACCAGAACUCUUGGUUUCUUUUUCAGGCUUCCUUGACUUGUAGUUUUUAAGAUCUGUGUUUUUCUUUUUCCAUGAGGAAUGCAUAGGACAAAGAAUAGAUUACUGAUACAUUUUUUGGAUCAGUCUGUUAAACAUAACUGAUUCUUACACUUGCUAUCAUGGCAAAAUCUGAUUAGGCUCAAGAGGCCACUUAAGGUGUAAAGCAGGGAAAGGUAUAGCAAGAUGUCAAAUUCUGUAAAGUCCUCUGUACAAUUUAAUCCCUCUUUUAGGGAUACAUUUUUAGGGCUAAAUCUGACUAGGAAGCAUCCAACUCUCUGUAGUUUAUGGCAAAAGGGAGUUGUCCAGAGAAAGCAAUGACUGAAUCUGUCUGACUUAGGGGACUUGUUUAGUAAUCAGUAAUCUAUGCUUGUUUGUGAUAUAUCUUGGUUUUAAUUACUACAUAGUGACUGACUUUCCUAAUAUGAAUGCUACUCUUCCUUUGACUUUUGUUGCUAGUAUACAGUACACAGAGAUACAAUGAAAUGAAAAGUUAAUAAGUCUCCUUUAUCUCAGUCUUCUACUUUAAUGUCUACAGAAAUAAAACAACACGUCUAUAUACUACAAGUCACUAUGAUGAAUGAAUUCAAGAAAUAGUACCCCAGUUCUUAAAACAGACUUCCCAAAACACUGCUUUAUUUCUGACCUGUGUAACCAUCUGGAAGGUUUUUUCCCCUGUACAAUUCAUUGCUUAAUUGAUGACUUUUCUUUUAAGGAUGUAUUUUGGUCCCAUGACUUUCGGGAUAAAGUUGUAAGUCUAGAGUUUCAUUUACUUUGGUGAACAAUUUUGGCA